ACGUCUGUGCUGGGGUCUGCUUGUAGGAGAGGUCUUCAAGUUGCUGGAGGAAGAAGGAGUCUCCCUCUUGGAACUGGAGCCGGCCCCACUGGACAGUCUGUGCAACAGUGCGUCUGCCCAAGAGCCCACCAGCCAUCGGGGCGGGGGUUCCGGGGGCUACCUGGAGCACGUGUUCCAGCAUGCAGCGCGGGAGCUCUUUGGAAUCCAUGUGGAUGAGGUCACCUACAGACCGCUAAGGAACAAGGACUUCCAGGAGGUGACCCUGGAGAAGGAGGGCCGCAUCCUGCUGCACUUUGCCGCAGCCUACGGCUUCCGCAACAUCCAGAACCUGGUACAGAAGCUCAGGCGAGGGCGCUGCCCGUACCAUUACGUGGAGGUCAUGGCCUGCCCCGCAGGCUGCUUGAACGGCGGAGGCCAGCUCAAGGCCCCCGACGCGCCCAGCAAGGAGCUGCUCCAGCACGUGGAAAUGCUGUACGGCAUGGUGAGGACGGAGGCGCCGGAGGACGCGCCUGGUGUCCAGGAACUGUACGAGUGCUGGCUGCAGGGUGAGGGCUCAGAGCGGGCUGGCCGCCUGCUGCACACAGGCUACCAUGCGGUGGAGAAGGCCAGCUCCGGCCUCAGCAUCAGGUGGUAGGAGGCCUCCUCACAGGGCUGCCGGGCCCAGCCAGCCAGUCCAGGGACUCCCAUGAAGCUCAUGUCCUGAGACCCCAGGGAUCGCCCCCAAAACACUGAGCUGCAGGGAUGUGUGGGAACCCACACACGAAUGGCACUCAGGACCCACAGCCAGUUAAGUUGACCUCCAGCCUGCCCUCACCCAGACUCCCCACGGCGGGAGGCCAGGGGUUCCACAAGGUCCUAGCGCCUCCUCAUGGGCCCAGGUCUGCGAGCACUGUCCUUGCUGAUCCUGCCUGGAGACCUAGGUGAGGCCCAGUCCCGUGGGCAGCUUAAGGCAGAGUGAAAGUGGGACUCCUCAUCCCCAUUCCUGAAGUCACCCCUGAAGCUGGGUCUGCCAGGCUGCUGGGAAACCCUCCUGCCCUGGACGGCAGGGAACGCUAGCCGGAGAGAAGCACCCAGCCCACAGCACCCCAUGCUGGGGUUGGCGUACCUGCCCCACCUGGAACUGAGCAUUGAGGACGGCAUGGCCUCUGGGACCUGACAACGUGCACUUCUGGGCAGAGUUCGGGCGGGAAGCAGGCUCUGUUAGAGAGACUCCGUGAGAUCAGGCUCUAAGUCCAUCUCCACAGCUAGGUCCCCACUUAUGGGGGUGGGUGAGAGGGCAGAUCGGCGUGAGCCCGCCAGGGCUAUUGCCACAGAGCUCCCGAUUUAAUAAAAGGAUCUCUCUGAAAA